GAGGUGGGGGUUGGGGGGUGGAGGAAUGAUUCGGUUUAACCCUGGGUUCCCCGAACCCACUUUAAUUUGCUCAAUUUUACUAAUUUUCCUCUUUUCCCCCUUCUUCCUCUGGUUUCCUCCUUCUGUGGCAAAGUGGUUUGUAUCCCGUACGAAUUGGAGCGAGCCCUAACCUUAGCCUCUCUCUUGCCACCACCACUCUAGCCUUUCGCGUGGCUUUCCAUCGAACUCGGCAAAUUUUGCAAAAGGGGGGAGGGCUUUUUAAAAUUGCAUUUGCAAAAGUUCGCUAUCUGGCCUGGCAAGAGGGGGGGGACGGAGGGAGGGAAUGGGGAGCAGGCCCCGCCCCGCCGCCCUUUGCAAAUAAAAAUCUAGGGGGGGGGGAGGAGCAGGAAGUGGCGGUGCGAGGGCUGCUGCACAGCUAACACAGCCGCGUUCCGGACGGCAGCGCGUGCCCCGAGCUCUCUGCCUUCCCCCGCCCGCCAGCCCGAGCCCAGCCCGCGAUCCCAGCAGCAGCCCGCAGAGCAGCCCCAGCAGCAGCGCCAUGGCCGGGUGGAACGCCUACAUCGACAGCCUUAUGGCGGACGGGACCUGUCAGGACGCGGCCAUCGUAGGCUACAAGGACUCGCCCUCCGUCUGGGCCGCUGUCCCCGGGAAGACCUUCGUUAGCAUUACGCCAGCUGAGGUUGGUGUCCUGGUAGGCAAAGACCGGUCAAGUUUUUUCGUGAAUGGGCUGACACUUGGGGGCCAGAAAUGUUCUGUGAUCCGGGACUCACUGCUGCAAGACGGGGAAUUUACAAUGGAUCUUCGUACCAAGAGCACCGGGGGAGCCCCCACCUUCAAUGUCACUGUCACCAUGACUGCCAAGACGCUAGUCCUGCUGAUGGGCAAAGAAGGUGUCCACGGUGGUUUGAUCAACAAGAAAUGUUAUGAAAUGGCCUCUCACCUGCGGCGUUCCCAGUACUGACCUCAUCUGUCCCUUCCCCCACCGCUCCCUUUGGCUUUUGCACCCCCUUCUUUCCAUACACACACAUACCAUUAUUUUUUGGGCCAUUACCCCAUUUCCCUUAUUGCUGCCAAAACCACAUGGGCUGGGGGCUGGGGCUGGAUGGACAGAUACCUCCCCCUACCCAUACCCCCUCCUGUGUGUGUUUGGGAAAAAAUUGUUUUGGGUUUCAUUUUGUUUUACUUUUUUUGUUUUGUUUUUUUUUUUUUUUUCUGAAUAAAAAAAGAUUCUACUAACAA